CACAACAAAACUCCGCUGAGGACAUCAAGAUGGCCCUUUCCCUCCUCUACACCCUCCUGCUAGGAACAACCGCAGCAGCGGAACCCUACACCGAGCCCUACAGAUCCCAAUACCACUUCACGCCGCGCAAAAACUGGAUGAACGAUCCGAACGGGCUCCUCUUCCACAACAACAUCUACCACCUGUUCUACCAAUACAAUCCAAACGGGACAGACUGGGGCGCGAUGUCCUGGGGCCACGCCACUAGCACAGACCUGCACCACUGGGAGGAGCAGCCCAUCGCGCUGCUGGCGCGCGGCUACCCGGACACGAUCACGGAGAUGUACUUCUCGGGGUCAGCGAUAGCAGACGUGCACAACACGAGCGGGUUCGGCACGGACGAGAGUCCGGUUCCGCUGGUCGCUGUUUAUACGUCGUUCUACCCAAAAACCCAAACCCUCCCCAGCGGCCAAAACGUACAAGCCAACCAACAAGCACAAUCAAUAGCCUACAGCCUGGACAACGGGACAACCUGGACCCCCUGGGACGCCGGCAACCCGGUAAUCCCGACCCCACCAGCCCCCUACUCAACGCAAGACACGCAAGAAUUCCGCGACCCAUUCGUCUUCUUCCACGAGCCCACAAACAAAUGGAUCGCAGCCGUCUCGCUAGCCACGCAACACAAGAUCGCAAUCUACACCUCAGACAACCUGAAAACCUGGACGCAGACCAGCACCUUCGGCCCCUUCAACGCCGUGGCGGGCGUCUGGGAAUGUCCGAAUUUGUUCCCCCUCCAGCUGGACGAUGACCCAGCCCAGAUAAAAUGGGUGGCGCAGAUCUCGGUGAAUCCCGGUGGACCGCCGGGGACGGUGGGGUCGGGGACGCAGUAUGUUGUUGGGAUGUUUGAUGGGGAGAGGUUUGUGCCGGACGAGGGCGGGAUUUAUACUUCCAACAAUACUGAGGGUAAUGCUACCCAGGUGGAGGCGAAUUGGGUGGAUAAUGGGCCGGAUUUCUAUGCGCCCACCAGCUUUAAUGGUUUGCCGAGCGGCGAGCGGAUCGAUGUCGCUUGGAUGAGUAAUUGGCAGUAUGCGGCUAAGACGCCGGAGAAGGGGUGGCGCGGGGCGUUUACGCUGCCGCGGAGAUUGGGGCUCAGGACUGUCAAUGGGAGGGUGAGGCUUGUGCAGGAGCCGGUUGUGGAUUUGGCCCAGCUGGGGAUUGCGAGGAGCGAGGCUGCUGCUGGAAGUGUUGAUAUCUACAACCAGACCUGGACCACCCUACCCCAGGGAACUACCACACUGCCUGUUUCAGGGAAGACGCUGGAGGUGAGCCUGCAGUUCUCGGCAAGGAAUAAGACAGCAGCCCGCGUCGGGAUCACCGCGCUCGCGACGCCGGAUCGCAGCCAACAGACGCAAAUCGGCUAUGACUUCGAAGCCCAAGAAGUGUUUCUGGAUCGCACCCAGUCCGGGGACGGGAGCUUCGAUGCCACGUUCGCCAGCGUGUAUCAUGCACCGCUUACGCCAGAUUGCAACGGCACGGUGAGCUUGCGCGUCUUUCUGGAUUGGUCGUCUGUGGAGGUGCUUGGGGGUAGCUUUGGGGAGACCAGUCUGACGGCGCGGGUAUUUCCGAGCAAGGAUGCGAAGGGGUUAUUUUUGUUUGCGGAAGGGGGGGAUGUGCGGGAUGUUGGGGUGAUCGUGCGGAGGAUUGGUUCGGUAUGGAGAUAG